AUGGCAUUAUCACAUGAUCGCGAGUACGAGGAUGGUGAAGGUUUCUUUCAACCCCCAACUUCAAUCUGGGAACAAAUCAAGGAGAAGUUGCACCCAUCUGAGAUUCAGGAAGUGAGCAGCAUUCUAGGUCAGAGCCUGAUCGAUAAGAACAAAGAAUUGCACGACGAAAUCAAAAGUCUGCUGAUGAUUUUGGAGGACUAUGUAAAAGAAGUUGAUCAGCGAGAGAAGCAAAGAAACUGGAACGUUCAACUCGGCCGAGAUUCGAACAAAGACUUCCUCGCCUCUGAAAUUCGUGACUUCAUCUCUGCGUUACGGAGCCAGACGUCCACCCCCAUCUCCCUCCGUCCCAAGUCAGCCAAGGAUCGAUCGGUUUUGUCAUUCGUCAUGCCGGAUUGCUAUCACGAGGAUGAGCUCCCAUCUGCGAGGAAGCUGCUAUCAUCUCGUGGACAGAGCCGGGGUGGAAGAGAUGGGCAGGCGUCGCAGGAGGAGAGGAACAGACCGAUGACUGCUGACCUCCUUGGAAGUCUGACAAGACAAGCAGCUGCUGAGCACGACAAAUUCUCGCUGGAGACCGUAGAAUGCCUGUCAGAGAGGUUCAGAGAGAUUCUCAGUCUUGAAGAGAAAGAUCUCCUUGACCAAAUCGAUUUCCUGCAUUCCUGUAUUGAGGCCGAGCAAGAACGCGACAACAAGAACAUGUGUACAGACAUGCUGCCGACUGAAAGAGACCUGAAGGACCUGAGAGACAGAUUGCAGGUUGAGUUGUCCAUCACUGCAGCAGAAAGCAGAAAGCAGAUGCGGAGCAAGACUCUCUUCCCUCUUGCAAGAAGUCUCAAGCCCGUCAGCGACCUGCCUGCCCCUCCCCUCGCUCCUCCUCUCCCCCUUCCUGUGCCCCCCUUCAACCAGCUUGAGGGACCAACGCAGGAUACGCCGGGCCCUCCUCCUCCCAUUCCUCGGGCCGAGCUCGGGAUCGAUUCGGAUGAGGAGAGGUUUCUGUUCGGAGACGAUUCAGAGGAGGAAGAGGACGGGAGUGCGAAGGAGGCAGUAGCAGAGGAGGAGAGGAAGAGCAAUGUGGACAUCCUUGUGCUCGAUCACGAAGAGGAGCAGCUGGUGGACGCGGCUCCAGCACACGAGGAGGAGAGUCAUCGGUCCCGACGGGAAGGGAUCGUGCUGCCUGUUCAGCAGCAGCCUGGCGAGCUUCCGACGGUGACGCAGGACGUGAGCAUGACAUCAUUAGGAGGCAGCGGGCUGCAGGAGGAGGAGGGAAAGAGCAGACGAAGUUCGGUAAGGAGCCGACACAGGCGACUGAUCGAGGACGCGAGAGCCAACGCGGCGCUCGUAUCGUCCUUGAGCGCAGAGGGGGAGGACGAAGGGGAGGACGGGGGAGGUCGGGGUGUGGGAGGAGGAAACGGAAGGGGAGGCGGAAGUGCUCCAACUCCUCCAAAGGCUGCGAGACCCGUUGAUAGGAUGAGACCAGCCUAUGCUCGCCCGUCAACGAUGACGAGGAGGGACAAGAGCGACGCACCGGGGGGAGAGAAGAGGCGAGAGGAGGUAGAUGGUGUGAGGAGGCAAGGAUAG